AUGCUGCCGUUGCUCAACUGGCGGGCUCCACGUUCACACCAAAGGAGUCACUCAACAACACAAAAGGGAGGUCGUGUCGCCAAGGUGCGCACUCCCCGCAAGGCCGCGGCUGCGAUUCCGACCUACGUCGAGUCGGAUGCUGAGGAAGAGGAUGAAGACAAUGAUAGCAAUGUCGACGAGUAUACCGAGGAGAAUAUUUCCAGCAUUAUGGUCAAAUCCGAGUCGAAUGAGUGUGGCGCAAUGACACCAAACUACGGCCAGGAAUCUCAAAACUUUGCAGUCGGUGGUUAUGUUAGAAGUAGUUUCGCGCACCACAGCUUUUUCGGCUUUGUGAGCGGAAAUUCUAACAGUUAUUUUAACGGUAAACUUAGUGGUUAUUAA